UUUUUCGUCACACAUUAUCUUUUUCAUUCUUUGUCCACAUACAAAACUUCCCAAGAUGGUUGCACUUAGUGUGAAAAAGAAUCUACUAAUCCUUGUUCUAGUCGGAAUCCUAGCCGGAUUUGUGCCUGGAUAUGUGAAGGGUCAAUCUGUAGCUGAUAUUGUGACCCAAGAUUUCUUUAAUGGGAUAAUUAAUCAGACUGAUGCAAGCUGUGCAGGGAAGAACUUCUACACAAGAGCAGGUUUUCUUGAUGCUCUCAAUUCAUAUAAUCAAUUUGGAAAUCUUGGUUCUGCAGAUGAUUCCAAGCGUGAAAUUGCAGCUUUCUUUGCUCAUGUUACUCAUGAGACUGGACAUUUUUGCUACAUAGAGGAGAUCAAUGGUGCCUCACAAGACUACUGUGACGAGAGCAACACACAGUAUCCAUGCAACCCUAACAAAAAAUACUUUGGCCGUGGACCACUUCAGCUAACAUGGAAUUACAAUUACGGGGCAGCUGGAACUAGCAUUGGAAUCGACUUAUUAAACUCUCCUGAAACUGUUGCUACAGACGUGACUGUUUCUUUUAAGACCGCCUUGUGGUUUUGGAUGACCAAUGUUCGUCCAGUUGUAAGCCAAGGUUUUGGUGCAACCAUUCGAGCCAUCAAUGGUGCCAUUGAAUGCAAUGGUGGAAACUCCGGUGCUGUCCAAGCCCGUGUCCAGUACUACACUCAAUAUUGUAACCAACUUGGUGUUGCUCCAGGCGAUAAUCUCACUUGCUAGGAGCCUAGGAGCACCAUUUGUGUUCUUUUAUCUUUUAAGUACCUAUGCUUGUUUAGAUUUGAUGGAAAUAAUUACUGCCAACUAGCCUUGUUGGUAAAAUUGGGAUCAAGUUUCACUUGCACCCUACUCCUAAGAAGAGAAUUAUCUCUCAUUGUAUAGCCCAUAGUUCCAAUGGGCAUAUAAAUAAAGAAAAUAAAGAGUAUUAUAAUUUA